CUGAUCUUAACGUAUUCACUUGCAAUCGCGACACCGUCGAUUACCACAGUCUAAGUACAAUCUAUCGUUAUUAUUCGUCUAUCUCUAUCAAAAGUCGAUACAAACAAAAACCGAAAUGAACUCUUUUGGCUUCAUCACGUUGGUGACAUUGUCGGUGGUGCUGUCGUGCUCGGCUUACUAUUUCAGGACCUUGUCACCGAUAACGAUGUGCAUGAAGAGCGACUACUCGUGGUGCACCAACGUGACGUACCCCAGUAGUUGUGUGAACCUGGACACGGUGGUCAUGAACAACACCGGAAACACCAACGGUACCGGAAACAGCAACGGCACCGAUUCCGUGACCGCGUUCAAGACCAUCGAAUCAUUGAUAAUAGUCGACAUCGACAGCACUGAGGAAAAGUGCAUCGUACUGUACGAUACGUACAACUGCCAGGGCCAGAAUCUGGUGCUCAACGGUUCCAAGCACCCGUCCGCAAAACUUGAAGAUUUCGGGUUCUCCAAUCGAGCCGAGUCCUUCAGACAGUGCACGGACCGAGUGCUCAACUAUCUCCGGGACAACCGCAGCUAGAUUAACGGUAUCACGGUGAUGGCAGUAACGAAAGAGGUAGUCCACGCAAUUUUGUCACGACUAAGAUUAGAAGUAUAGGUAAUAAUAAUUUAUUAUAGACACACGACAAAAUAUACGAUGACUUAUUAUCAUCAGUCGUGUUAAAAAAUUAACAUUAUCAAUUUUAUAAUUUAGAUAAUUUAAUAAGUUAUAAAUUAAACGAAAUAGUAUUAAUCUAAACAUUUCAGCUAUAUUAUAAUAUAUUGUAUUACAUUCAAUUGUUAAAAUUUCAUCGAAUAUUUUUGAUAUUGAAUAAUUUAGCGUUCGAGAUAACUAAAUAAUAUAACGUUUGACUCUCAAAUCAGAUCUUCAGCAGUUUUUACGGACGAGUUUAAGACCAGUCAGACUGUUGGAGAUUUGAGUAACUAUAUAAUAUUGUUUCGUACGCAUCUUAAAAUUUUCCAGAAUGUAUUGUGUUCUAUUUAAAAUAAAAAUUAAGUAUAGUGUCA